UGUCGAGUUCGAUUUGGCCGACAGUCCUCAAUAAUAACUGAACUCUACACAGACACCGGAUCUCAGUCCAUUCAUGAAGUCGGAUUGAUAGCAGGAUAGCUCGUCCAUAUAUUCGCGGCCUCAUCACCAUCAUGCUUCGUCGAGUACUGCAGCGUUUCAACAAGCAAAACCCAGACCAACAGGCGCCAGAACAGACAUGGAAUGAUAGUCCGGAAUCGAGUUCGUUUGUGAGCAAGAUCCGAAGACAAUACCGGAUAAGAGAGCUCGUCUUUGAGAACAUUUGGAUUCUUCGGACGCUCCUGACCGCAAUAGGUUUGCUCUGGUUGUUGCUACUGCCGCUCGAUGAAUUAGGUCGUAGCACGUAUAUGGACGAGAAUGCAGUCUCGCCAGCUCAAACCACAACUCAUUGGAACUGGAACGACGUUCACGUAGCAGACAAUUAUCUCGAACAGCUGGAAGUUUUGGUAGCUAGAAAUUCCUCCUCGGCAGAACGGGCCAAUUUCAUAGUCGCAGAACUGGGAAACCUUGGGAUCUCAGCUUCUACGUCAAGCUAUUCAUAUUCGAAUGUUCAACCACCGGUACAAGGUAUAAAUGCAUACGCCGUUGUCGCACCACCUCGAUCGUCAGGCGUUGAAAGCGUCCUCGUCUCUGCGAAUUGGAAGAGUUUGACCGGGGAGUGGAACCUAAGGGGGAUCGCCAACGUGAUGGCUCUCGCCAAAUUCCUUCGUGGUCAGAAUCACUGGGCAAGGGAUUUCAUAUUUGUCUUUGGUGACGAUCAUAUCGAGGGUGUCGAGGCCUUCCUGGCGACUUAUCACGGGAUGACCGGGUCAGGACUGAUAGCAGAACCUUUGCGCCUUGCGCCUCAAGGUGUCAUCUGGGCCGGGAUCAACAUCGACUAUCCAGGUCAUUCCUUCUCACAUUUGGGCGUGUUUUACGAGGGAGUCAAUGGGGUACUUCCCAACCAAGACUUAUUGAACGCCAUCUACAACAUUGCCCGCUGGACGGGUGGUGUCCCGGUACAAUACCAUUCAGUCUCGGACGACCUCUCGGCGCCUCCUCUCCCAACCUGGAUGCCUUCCGUCCUGCAAACUUGGGCGAAAUCUUCUGCGGUGACGAAAUACUAUCGAGGCGUUCGACACCUGAAGCAACAUUUUUCGUAUGCCGCGCUUGGUAGACCCGCGGGAAGUCACGGCACUUUCGCCAAGUACCGGAUAGAGGGGGUCACGUUGUUUGCCGAACCUGCGACAGGACCCCACGGAUUCCACGCACUAGGAAUUAUCUUGGAGUCGGCACUCCGGUCCAUCAACAAUCUGCUCGAGCGAUUCCACGCCUCAUUUUUCUUCUAUAUGUUGAAUCAUCCGGGCUGGUUCACCAAGAUCGGCAAUUACCUGCCAGCGGCGGUCUUGAUCGGUGCUGGGCUUACCGUUGAGGGUCUGAGGAUGUGGAUUGAGAGCGGUUGGAUCCGAACGGGUCCUGAUGGUGGAAAGGAGGCUCUAGGCAAGCGAUGGACGCGCAGGGACAGGAGAGUCGACCUGGUCCUGCGGAUUCUAGGAGUUGCUUUCCUCAUUGGACUAGGUCGGCUCAAAGCGCAACGAGAUUGGGUCAGGGGGGCCGGACUGUUUGCGCCGCUCGAGAUGUCGCCUUUUGAGUCGGCCCUUCCGACCUACCCGGUUACACUCCUCGCAUCCUACACGCUCUCCGUAUAUAUCGGGAACGUGAUACGGACGAGCAAGCUGGAUCGAGACGCCGUCGUGCUUGCGACAUCGUCCGCUUGCCACAUCUUGGGCGGUGCCAUCAUUACCGCUGUGGCCAUGAUUAAUUUCCCACAGGCAGUCGUACUGGGACUCGGUCUGAGCGUAUUGCUGGCCAUAUCUCGACCUCGUCCAGCCAUGGCUGGCCCACCUGAUCGCGUCGACAGAAAGUCAGCCGACGGAUUCUCCGGCGGACGCAGCGCGAUAAAGUUUAUCCGGUUGUUCACCUUGCAACUGUUCACGCCCGAAGGCGUAGGGUUAAUCUCGCGGGCUAUCGGCGCAUCAUCGGUCGUCGAAAUGGGAUGGCGCAGUCUGGUACGGCAGUGGACACUUCUAGGCAACUGGUUCGUGCCGGGUUUCUUAGGUGUAUGGUGGGUGUUGCAGCUGGUCGCCUGUACGUUAUUGUGGCUGUAAAGACAUCUCAGACGAGCCGACAUGCGAAGAUGCCAUGCGGUUAUCACAACCUCCCACGUCAUCACUACUUUCGCGCCCUGGCUUCGGAAGCAAAUCGACCAGGAAUGUCUUGGCGAACCUUUGUCGAUCUGAUUGCUGAUGGUGCAGUUUCUGCGAAAUGGUCAUCGU